UAGAAAACGACAGACCUGUGUUGUUAUGUCGAUAGUGGUUGUGUCCGUUUCAACUGUAUUAUUGUAGGAGUUUACUCGCGGUGAAAUGGCGACAUGAGGCUGUGUGAUGGAGUGUCAAAAUAGAGGGAAGCUAACUUCACCAUUUGGAGAGUGAGGCCAACUGCAUGGAAUGGGGUCGAUUAAUGCGGAUGAAUCGGAGCUCGUAUCAAACUCAUUCCAUGGAGGUCCAAGUGUCUGCGGGUUUUCGCUCCACCCUUGUACUUGAUUAAUGAAUGAAGGUCACUAAUUAUAAAGGAACUCCCCUCAUCUGAUUGUCUUGGUUAUAAUUGAAAUUGAGAAGAAAAAAAAUACCAGCGGAGACUCGGCCCUCAAUGGAAUGAGUUUGACAACCCUGAAACAAUGGAAAUGGAGAGAGAGUUUGAGAAGCAACAGCUGUGCUGGAAUGCGAUCAAUGUGGGGGACAUUUCUGAUAUGGAGCGGGAGGAUGAGGGCCUAGAAUGUGAAUGGUCUGUAGUGGAAAGACAGGAAGAACAGAGUAGUAAUGUGUCACAGUGGAAAGUUGGGAUGGUGUUUGAGGAGACAACAGGGCCUCAUUUACACCCUAUCUGAUUAACCAAGGCCGUAAAGAGAGAGGUGAAGUUAAACUGGGCUGCAUCUGUGUAAAUGAGAACUUGUUCUGAACUAUUCUACCUGGUUAAAUAAUGGUGAAAUAAAACAUUUAAGAUGGCAGAUUGUUAAUAUCAUGUGCUAGUCAGGUUCAGCAAGGGAAUAUUAUUCAAUUGGAUAAUCAUAAUGGGACGAAGCUCAGAAGCCAUGACCCUGGAACUUAUGCUAAAUUGAAGGGAGUAAUCUGAGGUCCCUUUUGUGUCCGUUUGUCUUUAUUACUACAGGCCGACUCAGAUUAAGUCUGAGGCCGGUAACAUCAACAGUGAGGACAAACCCAGCCUGCCUCUCUCCUUCCACACUGAGUAGAAACCUAGUCACUGGGUCCUGAUUGUGACAGUGGAGCCCAGUUUGCACUGCAGGAUCCAGAGAUGGCAUCAGUGAAGCUGGAAGACUGCAGUCAAACACUGGAGCUGAAUGUCAACAUUAAAGAUGAAGAAGAGGAGGAGGAGAUUAGGACAACUGUUAGUCAUGGAUACCAUGUUGAGACAUUCUCUAUAUCCAGUGAGCAUCAGCAGGAAGAUCAGAGAGCUAAGAGGUCUCACCACUGCCCACAUUGUGGGAAGAUUUUCCCAUUUCUAUCAAAUCUAAAAAUACACCUAAGAAAACACACAGGAGAGAAGCCUUACUCCUGCCCUGACUGUGGAACUAGUUUCUCUCAACUUGCCCACUUAAAAUCACAUGAACGUAUACAUACAGAGGAGAAGCCUUACGUCUGCUCUGACUGUGGAAAAUGUUUUAAAAUAUCAACUCAGCUCAAAGUUCAUCAGAGAACACACACAGGAGAGAAGCCUUAUUACUGCUCUGACUGUGGAAAAUGUUUUAAAACAUCAAAUGUGCUAAAAGUUCAUCGGAGAACACACACAGGAGAGAAGCCUUUCUUCUGCUCUGACUGUGGGGCGAGUUUCUCUCAUCUGGGCACCUUAAAAAUACACCAACUUAUACACACCGGAGAGAAGCCUUACGUCUGCUCUGACUGUGGAACUAGUUUCUCUCAUCUGGGCACCUUAAAAACACACCAACUUAUACACACCGGAGAGAAGCCUUACUCCUGCUCUGACUGUGGAAAAUGCUACAAAACAUCAGCUGAGCUAAAAGUUCAUCAGAGAACACACACAGGAGAGAAGCCGUAUUACUGCUCUGACUGUGGAACUAGUUUCUCGAAAUUUUCCCACUUAAAAACACAUGAACGAAUACAUACAGGAGAGAAGCCUUACGUCUGCUCUGACUGUGGGGCGAGUUUCUCUCAUCUGGGCACCUUAAAAACACACCAACGUAUACACACAGGAGAGAAGCCUUACAUCUGCUCUGAUUGUGGAACUAGUUUCUCUCAACUUUCCCAUUUAAAAACACAUGAACGUAUACACACAGGAGAGAAGCCUUACGUCUGCUCUGACUGUGGAAAAUGCUUCACAACAUCAACUCAUCUAAAAGUUCAUCAGAGAACACACACAGGAGAGAAGCCUUAUUACUGCUCUAAAUGUGGAAAACGUUUUAAAACAUCAAAUGAGCUAAAAGUUCAUCAGAGAACACACACAGGAGAGAAGCCUUAUUACUGCUCUGACUGUGGAAAACGUUUUAAAACAUCAAAUGAGCUAAAAGUUCAUCAGAGAACACACACAGGAGAGAAGCCUUAUUACUGCUUUGACUGUAGAAAACGUUUUAAAACAUCAACUCAGCUAGAAGUUCAUCAGAAGACUCACACAUGAGAGAAGCCUGCUGACAUCUUCUCUGAUUAUUGGGUGAGUUUCUCUCACCAUAGCAACUUAACACACCAAUGUAUACACACAGGGGAGAAGCCUUACUCCUACUCUGUGGAGGGGUGGGAGUGUAAGUCAAACGUCUAGCCAAAGGCUGCGUGUUUGAAUCUCAUCAAGGAGGACUUAAGCAUUUUAGCUAAUUAGCAACUUUGCAAUUUUUACUUAUGUCAGCAUGUUAGCUUAGCAUGCAACUACUUAGCAUGUUAGCUAAUCUUUCCCCUAAAACAAAACUCUACCUUAAACCCCUCACCCCUAACCUAGCUAACGUUAGCAACAACACAUUGGAAUUCGUAACAUAUCAUACAUAUUACAAGUUCGUAACAUAUUGUAUGAAUAGCAAUGCGUAACAUAACAUAUGAAUUGUAAUUCUUAACAUCUGAUACGUCCUACAAGUCGUAUUAUACUGAACAACAAUCUAAACACAACAAUUUCAAAGAUUUACAGUUUUUAAAAGGAAAUCAUUCAAUUGAAAUAAAUGAGGCCCUAAUCUAUGUAUUUCACAUGACUGGACAGGGGCUCGGCCAUGGGUGGGACUUGGAAGGGCAUAGGCCCACUUGGGACCCAGGCCCAGCCAAUCAGCAUGAGUUUUUCCCCACAAAAGGUCUUUAUUCCAGACCGAAAUACUACUCAGCCCCCCUCAGACAGAAGGUCCAGGGCUGCCGUGGUUACAUGUGAUCUGCAGUUGUGAGGCCGGUUGGAUGUACUGCCAAAUUCUCUAAAAGGACUUUAGAGGUGACUUAUGGUAGAGAUAUAAAUAUUAAGUUCUCUGGCAACAGCUCUGGUGGACAUUCCUGCAGUCAUCAUGACAAUUGUACAUUCCCUAAACUUGAGACAUCUGUGACAUUGUGUUGUGUGGCCUUUUAUUGUCCCCCAGCACAAGGUGCACCUGUGUAAUGAUACUGCUGUUUUAUCAGCAUCUUUAUAUGCCACACCUGUCAGGUGGAUGGAUUAUCUUGACAAAGGCUGAAAUGCUCAUUAACAGGGAUAUAAACAAAGUUGUGCACAACAUUUGAGAGACAUUAGCUUUUUGUGCAUAUGGAACAUUGUUUGAUUUUUUUUAUUUCAGCUCAUGAAACCAACACUUUACAUGUUUAGUUUAUAUUUUAGUUCAGUUUAUAUUGGUAGUCCAAUGUAAUGUAACCUAACAUACUAAAUGGAGUGGCAUGGCUGUGUUUUGUAUAAUAUAAUACGUUCUGCUCUGAGACCAGGUUGUCCCUCUGCAUUAUUCUGUGGGAAGGAGCUAGUAGACACUUUUUUUAUUUAUUGAACCUUUAUUUAACUAGGCAAGUCAGUUAAGAACAAAUUCUCAUUUACAAUGAUGGCCAAGCAACAGUGGGUUAAAGUACCUUGUUCAGAGGCAAAACAACAGAUUUUUACCUUGUCAGGUCAGGGAUUUGAUCUAGCAACCUUUUGGUUACUGGCCCAAUGCUCUAACCACUUCCGCCCCUAACAUGUAUCAGAUAGAGAUGGUGUGAUGAUCAGUUUUCACCAUUAGUUUGGGGGGGAUUAUUUUACAACUUUAUUUAAUGAGACACAGUUUAUGAAAUUAAUACAUGUGCUUAUUAAUUGUCUUUAAAACUAGAUGAGUUAUUUUAGUUACUGAUCAUGAAUGUGUUUGGAUAACUGCAUUGAAGCAAACGUUAUUGAUCUGCCAAUGAAAAAUAAAGUUACAUGAUUAUGUACUGGUCAA